UGUACGUGUGUGGCACCAUCAGCAGCGCAGGGAAGAGCUCUGAAACUCUUCAUUAUUUCACUUUAUUUCUUUAUUUUGAUUCUUUUAUCAAAUCCAGAUUCGCGGUUUUUCAAGUCCGAUGAGUUUACAAGAGUCUGCAGAGUUGUGUAUGAUGCUUGAGUGGCUGGCGCUGGUAAAACUGACUGACUUGCAUGUUUUCUGAGUUCUAAUGGACACUAUCACAUGUGAUCUGCAGGCAAGAGAAGCACAUGACACACGGCAGCUGAGCGACAACAAUUUUGAACGAUGAGUUAUUUGUGGUGUUAAAGGUCACCAGCGAGCGGUCAACAUGUCAUCAAAAUCAUCUCUUCUGAAAGUCAUUCUUCUGGGUGACGGCGGCGUGGGCAAGAGCUCCCUCAUGAACCGCUACGUCACCAACAAGUUUGACGCCCAUCUCUUCCACACCAUCGGCGUAGAGUUCCUCAAUAAAGACCUGGAGGUGGACGGGCGCACCGUCACGCUGCAGAUCUGGGAUACAGCCGGCCAGGAGAGAUUCCGCAGUCUGCGGACGCCCUUCUACCGCGGCUCCGACUGCUGUCUGUUGACCUUCAGCGUGGACGACAGCCAGAGCUUCCACAACCUGGCCAACUGGAAGAAAGAGUUUGUCUAUUACGCCGACGUUAAAGAGCCCGACAGUUUCCCCUUUGUGGUUCUGGGAAAUAAGCUGGACGUGUCAGAGAGGCAGGUGACCAGCGAGGAGGCCCAGGAGUGGUGCAGGGAAAACGGUGACCACCCGUAUUUUGAGACCAGCGCUAAAGAUGCGACCAAUGUUGCCACAGCGUUUGAAGAAGCUGUCAGACGAGUUCUAGCCCUGGAGGACCGCCAGGACCAUUUGAUUCCGACAGAUACCAUCAAUCUGCACCGGAAGCCACGCGGCGGCACGCCCUGCUGUUAAUGGACCACACGUGCGUCUCCAUUUCCAUGAGUUAUUUAAUGCUCCUGCAGUGAACUGAAUGAGUCUGCGUUAGAUUUAACAUGCACUUGAGUAGAAACACUGGGUCGGGUGACAUCUGAACUGUUUCAAAGAUCGUGUGAGAUUAGUGGCUGGGAUUUCUGUGGGUCAAUGUGGAGAUGGAUCUGUCUGCAGUUUAAUAAUGAUGAGCAAAUGCAAUAAAUGUACUGCAAAAUAAUCGUUUUCUUAAUCAGGAUUUCUGAUCUGGAUUUCCAGUUAAAAAUAUCCAAACAUCCUUUAAACAAGACCGGUUUACUCGUGUGUAAAUAUGUUGUUCUUAACCUGUUCCCACAGCGUUCUUGGAAAGAAAUUCAGUAGGUUUUAUGCCUAAGAAAGUCGAAGAUUUUGCACGAGUUUGCUUGCGACUCGCGAGUGUUUCGAGGGUGUCUGAAUGUUUUUACUGGAACACUCGACCAAAAUAUUGAUCAAGAAAUGUCUGUUUCAUGUGAUUUUUCCUAUAACUACGAUUAACUAACGCAGCUCUUGUAUUACAGAGCGAGUGUUCAUAAACUGUGACUGAUGUCUAAUAUAUUAACGUUAUCAUACCAUUGUGUAGAGAGUGCCAAAUAUAGUUCUACUAAAAAUGAGCGUACUUGCGUCAAAAGAAAAAGCACUGUAGAUUGUUAAAUUGAAAUUAAAGCAGAAACAUUGAACAAUG